AUGAUGCAACAGAAGAAUACUGAAGCAAUCGCUGUUCAGCAGAUGGACGAAUCAGAGUUGACUGCAACAGAUAGAUCAGUAACCAUUGACAAAGCAAGUCGUUUAAGUUCGCCAAUAGCUCCAAUUGUUGGUUUUUGCUGUCUAGGUUUUGUCUUACUUUUGAUUGUUUCAAUUAUUGUAUUGUCGCUAUUGCCGGUUUACCUAACUUCACGCGAUGUUACUGUUGCGACAAAGUCAGAAACUUACACUUUUGAUUUGGCGCUAAGUAAUGGAGCAACACUUAGUGUUGGUGAAAGUAAUGCUGAGCAAAGGGCAGUUUUACAGACUGUGUUACAAAAUCAAUUGAAUAGUGAUUCCACAACUAAAAGCAGCAAAAUUACUGUCGUCAGUGCUACUGGGAUUGCCAGUGCUAAACGAGUAACUAAACAUGUUUGA